AGAGGUGUUGUGAAUAGACCCACGCUCUCCUGCACUCAACCUAGCUGUAACCAAUGAGGGACUGCUGCUCCCAGGGCACCUAGCAACGGUUGCUAACAACUCAGGCUGCUGUGAGCCUGUUGUGUGUCCUGGGAGGUGACACUAUUACCUUUAAAACUGUGUGAGGACCAGUGGGCUGCCAUUAUGUACGGCACCCGGGGAGCAGUGUAGGGAAUGUGACCAUCCAGUUCGCAAGCCAAGUCCCUAGGGACUUUGCCACCAACGCCUUAUAAGCUAAGACUGAUCACAUUCUACGGUCACAUGACAAUGGCAGUUUCAGUUUCUGCAUAAAGCCUCAUUUCACUUUGUAUUUGUAUCCGAAAAGCACAGUGUAACCAUGCCUCGAGGAAGAUCGGUCACAAGUGCCCGCUCAGAUGGCAGUGAUGUGGAUAUUGAUGGUACAGCAGAAUCAGAGAUAGCCAAACUGCAGAGGCAGUUUAGGAUCAUGGAAGGAGAUCGGCAGGCCUACACCAUUCAUGCCCGGGAGCAGAUACGCAAACAAAAGCAGGAGUUAGAGAACCUGCUGAAAGAGCAGGAGGAGCUGAAUCGAAACCUUGGUGCUUGUAAGAGCUUGUCUCGCCAACAGCAGGACAGUGAGGACACCCAGAGUCUUCGUGUACUGCUGGAGCAGAGAGACAUGUUAGAGGAGGAGAUGGUGAAAGAGAAGCAGUGUCAAAAAGAAUUAGAGAAAGAGGUUGCAAAUAUGGAGUUAAAGCUGGCAGAGCUGAGAAAAAGAGAGGUCAGUGGUGGUGAUACACAAAGCUCUGAGGUACGGCGGACUCAGAAGGCCAUACGCACUUUGGAAUACAAACUGGACAGAUCUUUGACUCGCUUCAAUGAGCAGCUGACAAAAAACUGCCACCUGAGAGAGGAGCUGCAGACUCUUCAUAUUGAGCGCACGUUCCAGCAACUACACAACAGGCUGGACAAGGAACUUUACGAAGUCCGCAAGAAGAUCGGGGAAACUGUCAACCUGUCCACUGCUGCCUACGAUGCCAGGGUAGAGGCUCAGUCCAAGAUGACGAUGAUGAGGGAAAAGGCAGUGAAGGACCUGGCCCAGUACAACGCUGAGAUGAAGGAACUGGAGAGGGUCAUUGCGCAUGAGUGCACCCUGAAAGAGUUUAUGUCCACCAAGUGCAGUGAGAGGAGCGGGCAGGAUGAGGGCACUGAGCUGGGACACAGACAAUUGUCAGAGCUGAAAGAGCAGAGAAGGAUGGACUCAGGAGAAGAGUCGCUGGAUGCUCUAGAUGAAGUGUUCCAGAGAAUCGAGACUGUGACAGGGGAGGACAACUUGGACUUGCUGGUUACCAGGUUUAUCCAGGUUGAAGACCGGAACUUUGCACUCUUUAACUUUGUAAAUGAGCAAAACAAUGAGGCUGAAGCACUGAGGGAUCGGAUCAACCAGACACAAGCAGAGAUAGAGCAGUUUGGAGUAGCAAGUUUGCAACAGGAGCAAGAUCAUCGCUCUCUGCUGAGAGACAUUGAUGAGCAACAAAAGGAAACCGAGUCUCAAGCUGAGGACUAUGAGAACCAAGCCAGCAUCAUGGGCAAAAUCCUGGACCAGAUCAAAACAGGAGUGAACGGCAUCUUCUCUGAAAUGGAGUGCGAUCGCUCAGUGAUAGAGGAUAUGCUGGGAUCCUCUACAGGGAUCAGUGAGAACAACAUCAUGUCUUACCUGGGCCUUGUGGAACAGAAAACCAACGAGCUUCUCACUAUACAAGCCUACCUCACUUCUAAAGAUCUGGAAAAGGACUACAAUCCAAAAGACUUAGCCAAAUUUCUUCUGGGUCAAAAUCCUGAACUUCUUCAGCAGAGUGUUAGCAUAAAACCUGCCCUUAACAGUGUGGAGUAUGAUGCCGAAGAGUCUCCUGUAACUGAUGAGGAAGAACGACCACUUUCACAGGGGGAACUUCGCAGAAAAAUUAUAAGAGGGGUCCUGAAGAAGGAGAGUUCAGCCCGCCAGGCAGCAACCAAAGCCUCAAAGACAAGUCAGCAUUUUGAUGGCAGAUGAUGCUCGCUGGAAGACCCACUAAUCUGACACAGUGACCUGAUCAGUGGUUUUCAUUGUUUACCGUAAUAUAGAUCAGUGGAGGCCAUGACCGCUGAUGGUACAAGCCUGAUUGGCCAUGUUGCAGCUUGCAGAUGUUAACCAUUAAAGCCUAAUUAUGUUAUGUGUAUGUCACCUUUUAUGAUGAAUCAUUUGCAUGGCCUGUUCAUGGCCUGUAUCUUGUUGGGAUUUGUUAAGUUGGUACUAAUUAGGUUUGGAGCUAUAAAGAUGUCUUUUCAGAUUCUGGUAACCAGCUGUCCUUUUGAUGUGGGACUUGCCAUCUGGCUUUGACUAUACAAUCUGGUCUCAGUAAAGCCCUCCUGCACUAGCAGCGCGUCAUUACAUGAAACUGCUGCGAUGCUCAAAUGAAAAGGUGGGGGGCAGCAGAACCUUUUGUAAUUCUAAUUGGUAUGCUGAGACUGUUUCCAAAAACGAGGCGAGGAGCUUGUAGUGCUUCACUGAACACACUUCUUUUUAACACAUGUUGUUGGGUAGAAUAAUAAUGAUUUUUUUCUCUCUCGUGUAUGUUUGGAUGAUCAUACUCAUCUAUUCCGAUUUCGGUGAUAAAAUCAACGUCAUUUAAAUAA